GCAGGACCCAGGGGCGGACCUUGAGGGGCUUAGGAGGGACAAAGAGCCGGCCCUGAGAGCAAAGGUGCAAAGGCGGCAGCAGCAGCAGCCCGGGCACUGCCACAUCUGCCACAAACGAUGCUGCUGGCAACGUUCAAGCUGUGCGCCGGGAGCUCCUACAGACACGUGCGCAACAUGAAGGGGCUGAGGCAGCAAGCUGUGUUGGCCAUUGGCCAGGAGCUGAACCGGAGGGCGCUGGGGGGCCCGACCCCUGGCACCUGGAUGAACCAGGUUCGGCGGCGGAGCUCUCUGCUCGGCUCUCGGCUGGAGGAGACUCUCUACAGCGACCAGGAGCUGGCCUACCUGCGGCAGGGGGAGGAGGCCAUGCAGACGGCCCUGGACAUCCUCGGUAAUCAGGAGGGCUGGAAGAAGGAGACCCAGCAGGCGAAUGGGGACAAAGUGCUGAGCAAAGUGGUCCCCGACGUGGGCAAGGUGUUCCGGUUGGAGGUGGUGGUGGACCAGCCCGUGGAGAGGCUCUAUGAGGAGCUUGCGGAACGCAUGGAGGCCAUAGGAGAGUGGAACCCGAAUGUCAAGGAGAUCAAGGUCCUGCAGAAGAUUGGCAAAGACACGGUCAUCACCCACGAGCUGGCUGCAGAGGCAGCAGGAAACCUGGUGGGGCCGCGCGACUUUGUGAGCGUGCGCUAUGCCAAGCGCCGCGGCUCCACCUGCGUGCUGGCCGGCAUGGCCACGCAGUUCGGGAAGAUGCCCGAGCAGAAGGGCGUCAUCAGAGCUGAGCUUGGCCCCACCUGCAUGGUGCUCCGUCCCCUGGCUGGAAGUCCCUCACAGACCAAACUCACCUGGCUGCUCAGCAUUGACCUCAAGGGGUGGCUGCCAAAGACUAUCAUCAACCAGGUCCUCUCACAGACCCAGGUGGAUUUUGCCAACCACCUGCGCAAGCACCUGGAGUCCAGCCCGGCCUCUGCAGCCAGGUGUUGAAGCCCAGCCUGCCGUUUCCACUGUGCCCAGCUGCGUUGGUUUG